GGAGGAGGAAGGAUCGUAGAGGCUGAAAAGUCAACAAAGUACAUAUAUUGAUAAAAAAGAACCGUUUUAAAAACCCUGUCGACUCUGCACAACUGGCUUCCAGCGUCUAUCUGUGGAACUAAAGAGCCGGGCGCCGACUUGUUUUCAUUCUCAACCCAAACGACUCCUGUUGUCUCUCCACAAUGCACGAAUGGGAGUUGCCGGAUUACGAGCCCUCACUUCCUGUUUCGGAGAAGUCGAACCCGCUGACGCGGGACAUUGACCGGGCUCCAGCCGACGGCAUUGUGAGGAUGUUGCAGAGCUGCGAUGCCGAGAUGUUCCGCGGAGAGACAGGAAGCACUUACCAGAUGCUCCUGGGUGACGAAAUGGUGAAAAUCAUGAUGGAGUUAGCCGGGAAAGUGGAGCUCAUCCUCAAGGAACCACAGGACAACAUUGUUGUUCUGAGUGGCUGUGGGACCUCAGGCAGACUGGCUUUCCUUGUGGCGUCGAGCUUCAACAGAGCACUCAAAGAGACGCGCCGCACUGAGGUCUACUCAUACAUCAUUGCAGGAGGAGACAGAUCGCUGUUUUCCUCCCAAGAGGCUCCAGAAGACGACCCACAACUGGGCAUGCUCAGUCUGAAAAAGGCGUGUGAGGGGAAGAAGAGAGUCUUGUUCAUCGGUAUCUCCUGUGGAUUGUCGGCUCCAUUUGUGGCAGGACAGUUGGACUUCUGUCUCCAGCACCUGGACGUCUACACUCCUGUUCUGCUUGGUUUUAACCCUGCACAUCAGGCACGGAAUGAACCCAUACCAGGCUGCACAUUCACAUUCCUCAGCGUGGUCCGAAGAAUGCAGGCUCUUGCCAAAAGUGGGAAGUCCUUCCUCAUCAACCCAUCAGUUGGUCCGGAGGCCAUCAGUGGUUCUUCCAGGAUGAAAGGAGGGAGUGCGACUAAGAUGCUGCUGGAGGUCAUCCUGUGUGCCGCUCACGCUGCCGCCUUCUCACGUGCGUCCAUCACACAGCAGGGCGUCCUGCAGCACCUGAGAGCCUAUGAGCAAGCAGUGGAGGUCACAUACUCGCACCGUGACGCCGUCGCCGCUUUGGUGGCAGCAGCUGGGAAGAGUUUGCUGUGUGGGAGACGCGUGUGUUACCUGGGCUGGGGAAGCCUGGCUGUGCUGGCACUCAUUGAUGCCAGUGAGUGUGAGCCUACUUUUGGAGCAGCCUAUGAGGACAUCCAAGCAUUCAGAAGUGGAGGAUUCAGAGGGCUGGACAACAACGAGGGUUCCUUGGCUUGGCAGGGAGUCCAGUUUGGCAUCUCGCAUGAAGAUUUUGUGCGUGGCGUCCUGCCCACGCUUGAUGACCAAGACACAGUCAUUCUCCUCUACUCACAGUCCGAUGACGUGGAGGAGGUGGCUGACGUGGCCCGCACGGUGAGGCAGAAGAUGUCCAACCUCCAUGCGCUUCGCCACCGGGCUGACGGAGACGAUCACACGCCACAGGACGAAAUAAAGGGAUUGUGUGUUUCCACAUUAACAAUUUCCUGGCCAUCGCCUUCUUCAGGAAGUCUUCUGCAUAUGUGGGAGCUGUCCACCAAGCUGCUGCUGAACGCUGUGAGCACGGGGGCGCACGUCUUGAAGGGGAAGACUUACCAGAACCACAUGAUGGACGUGCAGGUCACCAACAGCAAACUUUACCGCCGAGCCACACGCUUGAUCCAGAAACUCUCGUCUCAUCCUGAGCGUCGCUGCCAGGAGGCUCUCCUGAAGGCCAUCUACCAGGUGGACGUGCUGACCGAGGACAUGACGGGCGGGCAGGUGAGCGCCCACACAGCUGCUGGAAGGCAAAGAAAAAAGGUGGUGCCUCUGGCCUUGCUCUCUCUGCUGACUGGGUUCUCGCUCAAAGAGGCGGAGUCUUGUCUGGAGCGGCAGCCAAUCAUACGGGACGCCGUAGGAGCCGCCAUGGCCGAGACACUCGUUUAGUUACGUAGCUCGUAAAAGUGAUUUUAGUUGUUUUUUACGCUUACAGUUUGUCAUCUUGAAGGCCUACUGAAAUGAGAUUUUCUUAUUUAAACGGGGAUUUCAGAUCCAUUCUAUGUGUCAUAUUUGAUCAUUUCGCGAUAUUGCCGUAUUUUUGCUGAAAGGAUUUAGUAGAGAACAUCGACGAUAAAGUUUGCAACUUUUGGUCGCUAAUAAAAAAGCCUUGCCUGUACCAGAAGUAGCAGACGAUGUGCGCGUGACGUCACGGGUUGUGGAGCUCCUCACAUCCUCACAUUGUUUAUAAUCAUGGCCACCAGCAGCUAGAGCGAUUAAGACCAAGAAAGCGACAAUUUCCCCAUUAAUUUGAGCGAGCAUGAAAUAUUUGUGGAUGAGGAUAUUGAGAGUGAAGGACUAAG